CUUGAUGGGAAUAAAACAGAAAAAUCUGAUGCACCUGCACAGCUUGCUACAAAAGCUACUUUUGAUUUUCAAACAACAAAUACCAAUUCGUACGAUUAGGGAACAAGAGCAUAAGCAUUGAAUUAAAGCGAAAAGAGUGUAACUUCUGUCUCUGAAUUAUAGUAAAAUGUGUACAAAUAGUAUGGAAUUAAAUUAUUUAAUCAGAGAACUGGAAACAUGUACAGAAGACACGGUUAUUUUCAGAAAACUAAUAAAUUAUGCUUCGUCGCAUAAACAGCCAUGGAAUAAUGAAAAUUUGAAAGAAUGGCAACCAGUUCUUGCGUACAUUCUACAAACUUUUAUUCCAAACACAGAAAUAGGAAGAGAAAGAACCUUGUUAGCUUCCCACACAUUUUUUGCUUUACUGUCAAUGCAACCUACUUUGGUUCUAUUGAAAGAUACAUUAAAUGAUUUUUUAAAGUGUAAUUCCAAUGAACUAUACUUUUUGGAUGAAAAAUAUGAUACUAUCAAGCCUGAAUUAUUUCAAUUAAUUUGUGCUUAUGGAUAUUUACAAGUAAAUUGUAAAGAAAUAUACUCCGAUGAUGAUGUUUGCGUUCUCAUCUUGAAUGUUGUAUAUGAACAUUGCAUAAAAUAUACUAAACAUUCUUAUUUCGCGUACAAAAUAUUGUACUUGUGGUUACGCAGAACCAUGGAUACAGAUUUUUGGAAUACGUGUGACAUAGUAAUAGAGCAAAAAUUAGAAGCAAUUAUUUUUUCGAAUUGGUGUAAUGCUAUUAAUGAAAUAAGUAAACAAAACUCAACAUCCGUUUUUAACAUGUACCUGAAAAUUAUGGAGGAAAAAUACAAUGGAUAUCUGGAAUAUGUAUUUAAAUAUUGCGUUGAUAAAAUUUCUUGGCAGAAUGAAAUAAAAUACGAUAUACUUGCAGAAAUUUGUCAAGUUUGGGAUAACGUUAAAAUUAUGACAUCUCAUGACUUUUUAUUUUCCGUAUCUACGAGUUUGACGAAACAUUAUUUGCGCUCGGCAGGCACAAAGGUUUAUAUUGCUAUUAUAAAGAAAUUAAGCGAAGAUGAAUGGAAGGAAACAUUCGGGCACAUAAUAAAUUAUCUUUUUCAUGAUUGGGGAACAAUGGAAAAUCACAAUGAUCUUCAGUUUCUUUGUAAAUAUUGGCUUGAACCAAUCGUUAAAAAGUACAGAAACAUUUUACCAUACUUAUGGGAUUUGACCAGGGAUAUAAAUGGACUUUUUUUAUGUUCACAUCUUCAAAGAAUGGCUAGCGAAAUGCGUAUUGAUCUUCCACAACAACCAAAAAUCGAAUGUUAUAUAAAUCACAAUGAGGAGAUUAUAAGAUUAAAUGGUUUUGCAAUAAAUUGUUACCAAGUAAACAAAUUUUACAAUGAAAACAGAGAUCAGUUUUAUGCAAUAAGAAGUUUCUUAUGGCAUAAUGCAAAUGCUACAACAGUGUAUAUGAGAGAUGGCAUUGUCAAAUAUUUUAAAAUACUAUAUGCCAAUGUUUUAAAGAUGUGCGACGCUAAAUCAGAUUGCAUAGAUGAUGUAUAUUACAUUACACAUUGGUUGCAUGAAUUUCUGUUGGAUUGCUUUGAAAUUGGCUCCUGUUAUCAACGAAAAAUACUUGGUUUAAGUUUAUAUAGAGCCAUACUGUCUUUUAGCAAUGGGAAUGGAUUAAAUAAAUCCCAUAACAUUGAAAAUACGUCUUGUACUUUAUUGCUGCAAAAGCAUCUGAAGGCAACUGGAAACUGGAAGUUCACGAAUAAACAAAGCUUGUUUGCUUUGUUAAAACUUGUGUUAGACUCUGCAACUGAUGUCAAACAACUAAGUACUUUUAUUAUCGUUAAUUAUUUUGACAAGGAUGUUUUAACUAAUUUGGAGAAGCAAGUAUUAUACCGAGUGGCAUUAAAACGUUGUAAUUCUUCUAAAUUUUAUGAGAUCGAAAGCGGUGCUGCUUUGGUAUCAAUAUUAGCAAACUGGGUACCUAUAAAUAUUUUGGAAGGUACUAUUCUUGCAGUAUGUGAUAAAAAUGAAUACAGGAAUUGUAAUAAUCGCUCGAGGUAUUCAGAUUUUUUGCUUAAUGAAGCUGCAAGUCAAUUAACGCAAAUGAAAGAAGAUAUACUAAAGGCAAUUGUUCAGAAUAAACCGUUUUAUGGCAUGUUAACUGCUUUAUUAAAUAUUGUGUUUAAAAGUGGCCCAGAAAGUUGUUGUUUAACUUCAGAAUUUGUUGAAAAAAUAUUACAUCUAUUGAAGGAUGCUACAGAUUUUUUUUUGUCUGUACUUUCAUCAAAAUCUGAGAACAGAGACGUAAUUCAAUUUUCAGAAUAUUCAUCUUCGUUUGCGGAAAUGGGAUUAGCAAUUAACGAAGUGAUUAAAAAUAGCGAAGUUAACAGAAUUAAUUUCGACGAGUUAAAUUUAACUCCUGCACAUCAAGUUCUCAUUUCUUGUAUUUGGAUGUCCUUAAAGGUCACUUGUGAAAUAGCUUGUGAAAUAGGAAUAUUAAUGUAUUCGGAUGAAAUUGUCGAAUGUUCUACCGAUAUUAUUGUUGCUAUAUUACUCAGGUGUAGACACAAAGGUGUAGUGGAGUCUGCUGGUACAGCAAUAGGACAUUUAACUAGACGUUUAUGCAAAGAAACUAAGUACUGUGACUUACCUAAAACGCACAUAUUGCGUAUCUUAGAAAAUUAUGCGAUGCAUUCUUUAAAUAUUACCAGAAGAGGUGCAGGAUUAUCGAUAAUGUUUCAUAAAAUUGUUGUCAGUGAUAAUAGAAGAGAUAGACCUCUUCUACAUUUUGCAGUACAAAAAUUGUUAGACUUGUUGGACGAUUUCUCAAAUGCUUCUCUAAACAGUGUAGAAUUUAAACACGAUUCUCCGUGGGCGAGACAUUUACACUUUUUGUGUACCUUGGUAGCCGAUAAAGAAAUACGUGCACAGUUAAUUCCACAUAUGCAAAGGAUUUCGUUGACUUGUUUUAAAUACCUGGAAUCUGAAAUAUGGACUAUAAGAAACGCAAGUCUACAAUUGUUCGGUGCAAUUGUUCCAAGACUGGUAGGUCAAAGUUAUGGAGAAAUUUUAGACUUUGGAAACGGUUACCCUAUUGACCACUUUGUCACACACUAUCCUGUACUCGCAGAUUACGUUAUAAAAGAGUUGCACACUUUUUCGUCUACGUUCAUGAACUUUUCUACCGCGUUAUAUUUACAUUCAAAUAUUGUGCACAUUCUUAUUCUUCUUUCAAAGUUUUCAAGCAGCGAUUGCAGCUUGAUCGGCUAUUCUUCGCAGGAGUUUACAUCAAAGGCAAAGUAUUUACUUCGUACUUUGUUUCUAAAUCCCGUUUUAUACGUCAGACUCCUAGCUGCGAAAGCAUACGCAGCAUUGACAGACUUUUUGAGUAUUGAAUCGGAGAUUACACAAUUGAAACGCGACGUUUCCUCGAGUCGUAAUGUUAAUUUGAUACACGGCUAUUUAUUAACGAUGAAAUAUUUGAAAGAAAAGCUAUCGAUUGAAGCUGACAAUAUAAAUUUACAAUCAAACUGUAUACAAUAUACGAUCGAUGAAUCGGAACAAUGCGUAGAAUUGUUACGGUUUCGAAAAAUAUUACGAAUUUGGAGCAAUAUGGCCGAAAAGUUAAAUAAUCCACAAAUAUGUUACAUGUUAGAAGUAUUAUUUUUACAACUGUCAGAAUCUAUUUCUGAUCAAAUACAUAUUACGGAUAUAUUUCUUUUUGAUCAGAACGUGGCUGUAUUAUCGUCUGAGAAGAUAAAGCCAGGAUUCUUCCAAUUUGUCGAUUUAUCUAUGAAAUUAUAUGCAGACCAUGUUAAACGUACGAAUAGCAUCGACUGUGGUAUUCUACAUAAAAUUUUAGACUCUUGUUGCAUUAAUCAAAGUACUUCUUUCUUAAAUUACUUGGGUUACUGCAUACCAGUUCUAAAAUGUGUUCUUACUCGUUUAUUAUUGAACGAAUAUGAUUGUAACGAAUUGCUUCUGAAUGCAAUGGUAAAUUACGUUCUGAGAAAUUUAAAAUAUUUCCCAUUGUCGCAUAUUAGUGAAUUACAUAUUGAGAAAUUUUUAGAUAAUUUAUCUUUUCAAACAGAAGAAAGUGAAACGUUCUCCAGUUUCUGGCGUUUGAAAUGCGUGCUAGUAGUAAUGUUUUCUAAGAAUGAGACAAUUAUAAGUAAAAUAUUAUCCGAUAUUUUCGACUUAUGUAUUCACGAAGAAGAACAUAUGAGACAGAUGGCAGUUGAAUUUAUACAGUUCUCAGUUCGUCGCUUUACAGAACUAACAAACGAAAAUCAACUAACGAUUUUGUAUUGCUGUUUAAUUUUGUUGAAGGAUGAAAUUUUAGAAAUACGUCAAGUCAUUGCGGAGAGUUUGAGAGCACAUGUUUUACAAAUAAUUAACAUCGAACGCGGUAAUUCGAAACACACUGAAUACAUAUAUCAAAAACUACUGUCCGAAAUUAUAUUCGAUCGAUCGAAAUCUGCCACGAAUAAGAACACAAAUUCAUUCUUUGUAAAACUGUUCACGCACAGUAUUAAAAACAUGGACGUCGACGCAACAAUUGAAAAUCCCUUCUAUCACGAUGAUAAUCCUUUUUACAGGGAAGAGUCGAAGUUUUUAAAUCUUUGUUUUUAUUACAUAGUACGAAAUAAGUACAGUUCUAACAAGUGCUCUAUAGAAAAUUCCGCGGAACGCAAUGACGAUGAUGUCAUUGAUGUCUUGAGUAAAAAUGGAACGAAAUAUCAACUCCAAGAAAAAUGUCUCGAUUCUACUAAUUUAGAAGUUUUCUUAAAUACUAAAUGCAUAGAUUAUUUAUUAAGAAAGCAAAGAAUUGUAAUACAGGAAUACGACUAAUAAAAAUAAUGUACAAUUGUAAUUUGAAUAAACUA